AUGGUAUGGGACUACUACGAUGGCAAGGUCCUCUUUGUGACGGGAGGCUCAGGAUUCAUUGGGACCGCACUUCUCUGGCGACUCUUGAGUCAAUCCUCACCCGAACGAGUGUAUGUGCUAUGUCGAGGUGGAUAUGCCAAAGCAGAAGAAAAAUGGUCUAGCAUGCUUCCAGCGUCUACUGCAAAGAUCCUCACCGAGAGUCAACUGUUGACUGUUCUCGACGGUGAAUUGGGUGAUACAGCCACUAUGGAUCUACCAGAAGAAACAUUACAGAUGCUCAAACGAACAGUGCACAUAGUCAUCCACGCAGCAUGUUCAGUCCAACUACAAAACUCUCUCCGAGAACUAGCAUAUAGCGUCAUGGCACCCAGCCUGUGCCUAACAAAAUAUGCCCUAAAAUUCCCCAACCUCGAACGCUUCGUCUUUUUCUCAACCGCAUACGCCAACGCCCAUCUAUGGCAGACAAGCAAUUCUUCCGAUGUGCAAGUCGACGAAAAUAUAUACCCCCUCGGCACCGAAAGCGAGGACUAUUACCAAAGCGCACUGGACUCAUGGCGCGCAGUAGAAAAGACUGGCUCGUCAGACGAAUACGACACCCAUGAUUUUCCCUGGCCAUACGCCUACGCCAAGCACCUAGCCGAGCGACUCGUCCUGCAAAAGGCAUCAGAACGCGGCAAGCUAGACAAAGUCCUCAUCAUCAGACCCUCGGUCAUCGGCCCUGCCGACAAGCAUCCAUACCCCGGCUAUGCAACUUCGAAAGGUACACCCUCCACAGCCGUUGCAGCGGCAUACAUGCUCCACCCAGGGCGACGGAUCACACUUUCAUCUCGAUGCGAGAAGCCAGGUCAAGAAGCCACUAUCGAUGAAGUCCCCGUGGAUGUGGUGGUUGAUCGGGCGCUAGUCCAUGUAGCGGUUGGGACGAGUGGAUGUGUUCAUGCUGUCAGCGGGGAGCAGGGUAGGUUAUCUGUUGACGAAUGGUGGCAUGCGUUCAAGAAAGAGAGGCGGAUUCCUUGGAAUGUGAAGCUUGCUUGGACGUCUGAGGAUUGGCAUUCGCCUAAUCUUCAUCAGAUUGCGAGGCGGUUCAAGAUAAUUGGGACUUCUUUUGCUUUCUCUGAGGAGAAAACUGUUCAGGUGGCGGAGAAGUUGGGGGUCAGAAGGAGGAUCUUAUGUUGUUUGCGGAUCGGUCUCUGCCUUAUUCUUUGCACUUGA